AUGAAGAGAUAUCACAAAACACCCAGCCACUACCCCUCACAUUUCUCCACCAACUCGCCAAGAAACUAUCACUCCUUCUGCCUCUACCAUACUCUUCAUGGCGCCACCAUUGGCGUGAUCUCUGCUUUCCUUGUUGUUGGACUACUCACGCUUGCUGUGCUGUUAAUUAAUUUGUUCAUCGUUUACAAGAAAAAGGAUGUUGGCAAAGAAACAUAUCGAUUGAGUAGUUGCACCAGCGACCAGCCUAGUAUCAAGAGCAGAUUACAAGUAUUUUCUGAACUUCAAAUCAGCACCAACAAUUUUGAUGAAAAUCGGGUUAUUGAACGUGGAGGGUUUGAUAAAGUCUACCGAGGAGAGUUGACUGAUGGUAGAAAAAUGGGGGAGUCAAGCUUGCGUAUAUUUAAAAAGGCACCCUCAAGAGUCAUCUUUAUGGAUCUUCUCGUCCAUCUUUAUCUUGGAAACAAAGGCUCAAUCCUUGACAUAGAGGUUUUCAUUGAACAACGUUUGGAUAUAGGAGUUGUCAAUCCUCAUUUCUUAAGGAAGGUUGUGGAAACCGCAAAAAAAUGCGUUGUUGACCGCGGUGUUGAUAGACCCUCGGUGAAGGAUAUUUUGUGGGAUUUAAAGGAGGCUCUUCGACUCCAAGAAGUUGCAUUUCCAUAUUUGCCGACUAGAGAUAGUUCCGACAAGAUUGCGGAGCUUGCUCAUUAG